AAAGGUAGUGGAGGGACUCGUGUCAACGCAUUGAUCAAAACUCCAGAUAUUUUAGCGACCAGAUGGAUUAGAUAUUUUCCUAAUUAAAUUUUCACACCCAAAUUGGACACGUGUUCCUCUCUCCUCAACUGCUGACGCUUCCUCUGGAUUCUCUACUCAAAUUAAGCAAUGCGAUUCCGACGCGUGUCCACUCCUCCCAUACACGUUUCUUCAUAUCGCAACCAACCAAUACACCGACACGUGUCCGUUUCAACUCACACUAACACAUAAUAUAUGACCGCCUUUGCUGUCCCGUGUCCUCGACAAAACCUACAAUUAAAAAAGAAAAUGAAAAAAAAAAUGGACGCAAAUAGCAACCGGAGAUUCAGACCUUCAGCGUCGCUGCAGGGUUCCGACUCCGACGACUCUGGCAUCCUCAACGAGCGCAUACUUCUUCUCGUAUUUCAGACGAUCAAGUGGGACUUGCGAACGCUUUGCACCACCGCUUCUCUUAAUCGAAAGCUUCGAGCCAUAGCUGAGAGAUUGCUGUGGCGAGAACUCUGUUUCAAUCGAGCUCCUCGAAUGUUAGCUGCAUUGACCACCGGAGCUCCUAAUGUUCGAGUCGGCGGUGGAUGGAACGCGCUCGCUAAGUUGAUGUUCUUCUGCUGCGGUUGUCAAUCCAGCCGCCAUUUCAAGGUGGAUCAGCCCCUGCCAGGACACUUCGUUCAUGAGUCGCGCUUUUCUAAAACCUCAGGCCGAAGCUUCCUGACGAAGAAAUGCCGAGGGGAUUUGCUUUACGUGAGCGAUCCUUGCGAGCAUUCCAACGGGAGGGAUGAGGAUGAUUUAGGGAUUUACAGAGGAAUAUUUAGGGGAUUUAUGAGAUCGAAAACUAGGGCAUUCUUGAUUAAACGUCAAGUGAGGUUGGAAGAAAGAACCAGAUGCCCCUAUUGUGGGGCUCGGGUGUGGAGUAUGACAUCGGCUCGGCUCGUGCCGAAGAGCGUGGCGAGGCGGCUCGGGACGCACGACGGAGGACUCGAAUAUUUCGUGUGUGUGAACGGGCAUUUACAUGGCUCUUGUUGGCUCGUUCCUUUAUCGUCGGAGGACGAUGAAGGAAACAGCGAGGAAGAGGACGAGGAAGAAGAGGUGGAGUGUUAUGGAGAUGUUCGUGAGAUUAGGUUCGAUGAUCGGACAGUGACGGACGAACUGCAGGGAGAGGCGGCGUCCACGGCACAGAUUAGUAUGAAGUUGAAGAUGGGGAUGGAGUAGAAUGGAUCUUGCAUUUGGGAAUAGAAAAGUUGUUGAAAUUGAAGACAAAGGACUAGAUAGAACAAGUUUAGAAACUGAGGAGCGGUAACAAAGUGAGCAACAGAUCACAGACAGGUUGAAAACGGCAGAAUUGCGUAUUUUGGAAUGCUGGUCACUGCUCACCUUUACAACUUUCAACAUACAAUUCUGUUUCCUAUACACUGAUUAUACUGACUUUCAACUUACAAUGGUGUUUCCAAUACACUGAUUAUCAGUAUUAUUCUAAUCACAAUCAUUUUCUUUUUUAAUUACACUAA